AUGAGCCUCGAUCAACCAGUAACUCUGCCAUGCGGGCUCUUACUUAAGAACCGUUUGGCAAAGGCUUCAACAACCGAGCAAAUGGGCGACUGUCAGAACCUGCCAACGUCCCAGCAACUUCACCGUGCUUAUCGCGCGUGGGGUAAUGGAGGCUGGGGAGUUGUGCUGACUGGAAAUGUCCAAAUUGAUCAAAGAUAUUUCGGCGCACCUCACGACCUAAUGAUCGACCCCCAAUUGCCCGAAGAGAAGGUCUUAGCCGCCUAUAAAGAGCUCGCAGUUAGCUGUAACAGCAAUGGAACACCGGCGAUUGUACAAUUGAACCAUCCUGGCAGACAGUCUCCCAUGGGAGCAGGAAAGAGAGGCUAUUUUGAAAAGUCAAUCGCUCCUAGCGCGGUUCCCAUGGACUUGGGUGCCUCUGCCAUGCAGAGAUUUUUAUCUUCGCUAGUAUUUGGCACACCACGAGAAAUGACUCAACAAGAUAUUGAUGAUGUUGUUGCUCGGUUUGUCUACUCGGCAAAGAUUGCAGAAAAGGCUGGAUUUGCGGGUGUUCAAAUUCACGCCGCACAUGGAUACCUACUGGCACAGUUUCUUUCGGCAAAGACAAAUCUUCGAACUGACAAGUACGGAGGUUCAUCUGCGAAUAGGGCGAAGAUUGUGGUAGAUAUUAUUAAGGCCAUUCGAGCGGCCGUACAACCAUCGUUUUGCGUCGCGCUGAAGCUAAACUCAGUAGACCACCAAGCUAGCUUAGAUCCAGCAGCGUCCACAGAACUGAAGGACGUACUUGAACAGGCCAAGCUCAUUUGUGAUACAGGAGUUGACUUCCUAGAGAUCAGUGGUGGUUCAUACGAAAAUCCAGUGUUUCUUGGCGAUGGCCCCAAUACCCAGAAGCGAUCUACGAAGACCUUAGCCAGAGAGUCAUUCUUCCUAGAAUUUGCCAAGGCCAUCCGAGCGGUUGUCCCAGACACAGUCCUGAUGGUAACAGGGGGCUUUCGCACAAGGAAAGGGAUGCAAGCAGCAAUUGCAGAAGGCUCUUGCCACUUGAUCGGAUCUGCUCGACCGGCCAUUUUGAGGCCCUCACUCCCAAAGGACAUUAUUAAUAAUGAGAAAGUAUCUGAUGAUGAUGCCAAAGUUAUGACACCGGCUGUUAAAACUCCUUGGCUCGUCAAACACAUCGGCAUUAAAGCUGUGUCUGCCGGAGUCGAGAGUUCGUGGUACUAUGGCCAAAUGAAGAAGAUGGGCGGAUAG